GCCGCGCGUCGCGCGCACAGACGGGCUGCCCGGCCGGGGCCAGGCGGGUGCCGCCGCGAUGCUGCGAGGCGGAUGGCGCGGGCAGCGGGGCGGGCACGGCCGGACCACGGGCCCGGGCAGCCUGCUGGCCUGGCUGAUGCUGACAUCCGCGGGGGUCGCGCCCUGCGGCGAGGUCUGCUGCCGGCACGGCCCCUCGGGGCUGCGCUGCUCCGGGGCUAGGGCUCUGGAUUACGUCUCCCACCUGGCAGGGGCCGAGAACCUAACGGAGCUCCACAUCGAAAACCAGAACCUGCAGCAUCUGGAGCCGAGUGACCUCAAGGGCCUGGGGGACCUGAGAAACCUCACCAUCAUCUGGAGUGGCCUCCAGUCCGUGGCGCCAGAUGCCUUCCACUUCACCCCUCAGCUCCGUCGUCUGAAUCUCUCCCACAAUAAGCUGAGGUCGCUCUCCUGGAAAACUGUUCAGGGCCUCUCCUUGCAGGAACUGGUCCUGGUGGGAAACCCACUGAACUGCUCCUGUGCCCUGCGCUGGCUGCAGCGCUGGGAGGAGGAGGGGCGGGGCGGAGUGCGCCUGCAGAAGCUAGAGUGUCAUGACAGAAACAAGUCUUUGCCCCUUGGCCUCAUGCCCAACAGCAGCUGCCACUUGCUCACGUUGAAGGUCCAGGUGCCCAAUGUCUCGGUGGACAUGGGGGACAAUGUGUCACUGCGGUGCCAGGUGGAGGGGCGCAACCUGGAGCAGUCCGGCUGGGGCGUGGCCGAGCUGGAGGAGUCCGCCACUGUGACUGAAUCUGGGGAGCUCUGGGACCUGCAGCUGACCCUGGCCAAUGUCACCAGUGACCUCAAUAGGAAGAAUGUGACCUGCUGGGCCGAGAAUGAUGUGGGCCGCGCUGAGGUCUCUGUCCAGGUCAACGUCUCCUUCCCGGCCAGCGUGCGGCUGCACCCCGCCAUGGAGCUGCACCACUGGUGCAUCCCCUUCUCGGUGGACGGGCAGCCAGCGCCGUCGCUGCGCUGGCUCUUCAACGGGCUCCUGCUCAACGAGACCAGCUUCAUCUUCACCGAGUUCCUGGAGCCCGCGGCCAACGAGACGGCGCGCCACGGCUGCCUGCGCCUCAACCAGCCCACGCACGUCAACAACGGCAACUACACGCUGCUGGCCGCCAACGCGCUGGGCCAGGACGCUGACUCCGUGGUGGCCGCCUUCAUGGACAACCCCUUCGAGUUCAACCCGGAGGACCCCAUCCCCGUCUCCUUCUCUCCAGUGGACACCAAUAGCACAUCUGGAGACCCGGUGGAAAAGAAGGACGAAACACCUUUUGGGGUCUCUGUGGCCGUGGGCCUGGCUGUCUUUGCCUGUCUCUUCCUCUCUUCGCUGUUCCUUGCGCUCAACAAAUGCAGCCGGAGGAACAAGUUUGGAAUCAACCGCCCUGCUGUGCUCGCUCCUGAGGACGGACUGGCCAUGUCCCUGCACUUCAUGACAUUGGGUGGCAGCUCCUUAUCCCCCACUGAGGGCAAAGGCUCUGGACUCCAAGGCCACAUCAUCGAGAACCCGCAGUACUUCAGUGACGCCUGUGUCCGUCAUAUCAAGCGCCGGGACAUCGUGCUCAAAUGGGAACUGGGGGAAGGAGCCUUUGGGAAGGUUUUCCUUGCCGAGUGCCACAACCUGCUGCCGGAGCAGGACAAGAUGCUGGUGGCCGUCAAGGCGCUGAAGGAGGUGUCGGAGAGCGCGCGGCAGGACUUCCAGCGCGAGGCCGAGCUGCUCACCAUGCUGCAGCACCAGCACAUCGUUCGCUUCUUCGGCGUCUGCACCGAGGGCCGCCCUCUGCUCAUGGUCUUCGAGUACAUGCGGCACGGGGACCUCAACCGCUUCCUCCGGUCCCACGGGCCUGACGCUAAGCUGCUGGCUGGCGGGGAGGAUGUGGCUGCAGGACCCCUGGGCCUGGGGCAGCUGCUGGCUGUGGCCAGUCAGGUGGCUGCGGGCAUGGUGUACCUGGCGGGUUUGCACUUCGUGCAUCGGGACCUGGCCACCCGCAACUGCCUGGUGGGUCAGGGGCUGGUGGUGAAGAUCGGCGACUUCGGCAUGAGCAGGGACAUCUACAGCACCGACUAUUACCGGGUAGGAGGCCGCACCAUGCUGCCCAUCCGUUGGAUGCCGCCCGAGAGCAUCCUCUACCGCAAGUUCACCACCGAGAGCGACGUGUGGAGCUUUGGGGUGGUGCUCUGGGAGAUCUUCACCUACGGCAAGCAGCCCUGGUACCAGCUCUCCAACACCGAGGCCAUCGAGUGCAUCACGCAGGGCCGGGAGCUGGAGCGGCCGCGCGCCUGCCCGCCCGAGGUCUACGCCAUCAUGCGGGGCUGCUGGCAGCGGGAACCCCAGCAGCGCCGCAGCAUCAAGGACGUGCACGCCCAGCUGCAGGCCCUGGCCUUGGCACCCCCCGUCUACCUGGACGUCCUGGGCUAGCGCGGGGAUCUCAGAGCAUCUCACGCCCCCUCAGCAUGCAGGAGGGGACGGUGGGGCUGGUGUGGAGGAUGUGCCCGCGCCUCCAGGCGGCCUCUGUCGUAGCAAUUAU